AUGAGUUCAUCCUCCAAACGAAAUUCCAAACGUUUGUCCAACGUUGAAUCAUCAAGCCCAAGACAACCAUUAGGAGAGACGUAUUUUGGUGCUGGUAUUGUUUUGAAUGAUGUAGGAAAGGAUGGACGUUCAUUGGCUUGUGCUAGUGGAGGUGGAUACUUGUUUACCAAUGAAGAAGAAAUUAAAGAACAACGAAAAGGAAUUUGGGAUAUGGUCAAAAAGCUGGGAGGUGCUCUCCUUGAAGGAAAAGAUUUAGUAUCGGUUUCUUUGCCUGUAUAUAUUUUUGAAGGACGAAGCUUUUUACAACGUUUGCCUGAUUUGUGGGCAUUCCAUAAAUUAUUAACCAAGGCUGCCGAUGAGAAGGAUCCAGUCGAGAGAUUCAUUCAAGUGAUUGCUUUUGGUAUUGCUGGAUUACAUCAGAUGUGUGUACAGAAGAAACCUUUCAAUCCGAUUCUCGGAGAAACAUUUGAAGCUACCUUUCUUCAUGAAAAGGAUCCUACCAAGGAUAUUCAACUCUUUGUCGAACAAACAUCUCAUCACCCUCCUAUCUCUUCCUAUGAAGCCCAAGGUCAUAAUUUCAGAUUGCACGGAUAUUGUGGUUACCUUGCAAGUAUCCGAGGAAAUGCCUUGAAAGGCGGCCAAGUAGGUCCAACAUAUAUCGAUUUUGAAUCGGAUGGAGCAACCAUUCACUACUCACAACCAUUCUUGUGGCUAAAAGGUAUUUGUUGGGGAGAACGAGUUCUCGAAUAUUAUGACAAGAUGGCUUUCACAGAGAACAAGAAUAAUCUCGAAUGUGAAGUAGUCUUUAAUCCAGACCAAAAGAGUUUCAUUGGAUCCUUUUUCAGUAGUCAAAAGACCCCUGUUGAUUUCUUGAGAGGUGAAGUUAAAAAAGAUGGUAGCGUGAUCGGUGUGAUUGAAGGAAGUUGGUUGGGUGUUGUUCACUACUAUCCUGGACAAACAGCUGAUUCAUUGUCUUCAAUGAAAGACAAGGAAAAGGUCGAAGUAUCUCGCAAGGAAAUUUUCAAUAUUGCAAAGGAAGUUCCAAAAUAUGCUAAACCUUCGGAUGAUCCUCUUCCAUCAGAUGCUCGUUUCCGAGAAGAUGCUGUUGCUCUCCGAAGUGGAAACUUGGAAUUAGCUCAAACAAAGAAAGAAGAGCUUGAGAACAAACAAAGAAGAGAACGAGCUCUCAGAAAGACUGGAUCCAGUCGGAAUAGCCUUGCAAGCAAUCAAAGUGGUAGCGAAAAAGACUUGAUAGAGGCAACUCAAAAUUAG